UCGGUACAGUACAUAUUGACACACGUUGCCUCCGAACACUCAACGCAUUUCCUUUACCCCUAGCAGGCCUGCUUCACCUUUAAUUUGUCCUCAUGGCUGGACGAAAACUGUCCAAUAAAUCUGCCAGAACAGUACUAAGGCUGAAGGCACUCAAUGCUGUUCAAACUAAGAAACUUAUAGCACGGGAUGCAGAAAUCAAGAGAUUAAAUGAACUUCUUCGUGAUUACAUCAGAGUCGAAUGUACAUAUCCAGGAAUAGGUGUACAACCGGCGGAUAGCGACGCGGACGAUGAGAACACCUCUGACGCGGUUGAAACAAGCGAAUCUUGGCAUCCAGAGCCGCAUGCCAGCGAAACAGACGCGGUCAGCGACACGGACAACUCCUGGGACGACAAUUUUGGGAAAGCGACACCCAAAUGGGACCCUAAUGACAGAAUACAUCGCUGUGGACAGUGCUUUUGGGAGAUUUUGGAUGGGCGCUGCCUACGCUGCCACAAGAAAUACGAUGUUAAGGACAAGCAUUCACAAGAGAAUGGUGAUUACUUUAAUAGCGUAUCCACCGAUGAUCGUGUUAUGAUCUCCGCGCGACAGCUGUCUCCCCGCGGUAUGACACCAACGCGUGACAUAUGGCCUUCAUGGCUCCUACCGAUGAACAUCGCUCGAGGCUAUCACGGUCGGGUAGAAGAAUAUUCUGAGCUCUUGCAAAGAGGUGCGACGCGCCUGAUGUGUGAACGAUUCGCAUUGGAGUGGUCCGAUCUAGGCAUUGUUGCUUGGCUCGACGAUCUUGUAUAUGAGGAGUUCGCGGGGCCUGCUAUGAACGACCACGAUCGUUGGAAACUGUACCUCGGAAGAUGUGUAAGUUUGGAAGGACAAGAUGAAGAUGGAGCUAUCUUCAUUGUAGACUUCAUGGAGGAAACAACCCUCUUCCAAUUGACCAUCUCUGGCGCAGGACGGCGAUGGGAGACCUAUUUAGAGAGCCUUGGCGUAUGGGCCACCCGACCGGCGGGUGAUGAAAGUGAUGAAGAAAGUGAUGAAGAUGCGGAAUACGAGAGUGUCCCCGCAAUAGGCACCGUUGUGCGAAACGACUAUGAAAUUGAAGACGAAGGAGAAGCAGAGGCAGACUCCGAACCUGAGGUCCCUGCUGAUGUGGCAAUCAAGUCGAAUGCCUCUGAUGCCUCUUAUGAUCCGGACUCUGGCGAUGAGGCUUCUGAAUCAGAUUCAGCAGACAGCGACUUUGACGACAAUGACUUGACGUCAGGAGACGAAAUGCACAAUCUACAAUACACUCACGUUCCACGGUCUACAUACUAGUGUAGUGAGGUUGAUGGGGAUCCGUCGUAAAGUGAAAGUCAUGCACCCGAAGUAGACUUAGAAACUUGAUUAUGCAUGCACACUUUUCAGUCCAAAGAUGUCAGGCUGAAUGGAGUCAUUCAAUUUCAGGGCGAGCCUGGAACGCAAUAAAAGCAACGAAGAGCACUUGGUAAGGGGCCGAAAUUCUUACCAUCUGCACGUCGUCCAGGGAAGGCGCAGACCAACUAGUGUCUUUGGAAGGAGAAUGACAUUGAAGGCCUCGAGGGAACAUGGAUGCGACCUUAUGAAUAUAGUAUCUAAUAUACU